UCUCAGACGCGACAAUAAUGAUGAUGAUGAUGAUGAUGAUGUUGCAAACAGCAAGAAGACCGAUUGUUCAUAUCUUCCUCAAGUGGAGUCAACCGGUGUUUCGUCAAGUGGGAAUUUGGAGCAGUGGAGCAAAGAUGAACUGCAGAUCUGGGUGCUGUAACCGCUGGUCGUGUGAGGAAAGGCUGGAUAACAAAACAGUCCUCAUCACUGGAGCUAACACUGGCAUAGGCAAGGAAACAGCCCGUGACCUGGCAGCAAGAGGUGCCCGCAUCAUCAUGGCAUGCAGGGACCUGGAAAGAGCAGAGGAGGCCAGAACGGAGAUUGUGGAAAACACUGGGAAUGAGAACGUGGUUGUCAAGAAACUGGAUCUUUCUGAUAGCAGGUCUAUUCGAGCAUUUGCUGAAGUCAUCAACAAAGAGGAGAAACAAGUCAACAUUUUAAUCAACAAUGCAGGCGUCAUGAUGUGUCCGUACUCCAAGACUGUUGAUGGCUUUGAAAUGCAAUUUGGAGUCAAUCAUUUGGGUCACUUCCUGUUGACGUAUUUGUUGCUGGACCUGAUCAAGUCUUCCGCUCCGGCUCGAAUCGUUGCGGUAGCAUCGGUGGCUCACACCUGGACCGGCCUUCGACUGGAUGACCUGAACAGUGAGAACAACUACGACACCAUGAAGGCCUACGGACAGAGCAAACUGGCUAAUGUCCUCUUUGCACGAGCCCUUGGCAAAAAGUUAGAAGGAACAGGAGUAAGUGUUUUCUCUCUGCACCCUGGUGUGGUCCAAUCGGAUUUGUGGAGGCACCAGCACCAGUGCAUCCAAGUUGCUGUGAAGAUCUUCAGCGUCUUUACAAAGACAACAGUGGAGGGGGCUCAGACCACCAUCUACUGCGCCGUGCAACCCGGCCUGGAAAGCCAAAGUGGAGCCUACUUCAGUGACUGCGCUCCUGCAAGGUGCUCCAGAAAUGGCUCAAAUGAUGAUUUGGCCCAGAAGCUGUGGGAGAGCAGCUGCAACAUGCUUGGAAUCACCUGGGAAUGAAGAAACAAUGACUUUGGAUCAUGUUAAAUGUGAAAAGCAUCAUGCAUAAAGCACUUUUGUUAGGGGCAUUAACAUUCUUGGACAGUAUCUAGUUCUCACCAUUUUUUUUGUAUUUUUAUUUUAUAAACGGUCACAAAUAUUCUAAAUUCGGUACUCAUUUCUACUUCAAGUGGCCUGAUGAAUGCAACACAUACACUUGACUUAAAUGUGUCACUGCUGAGUAUUUAUUGGGUGGAGAAGGGGAAAAAAGUUCUAAUCUAAAUCACAUGAGAGAUUAUGAACACCCGUAGAAUGUGUUACUGGCGAAAUGAGUUGACACAGUUGUGAACCGAAUUUGAAUUACAAUUAAAGCACGAGAAUAAUACAAUCAAAUAAAGAUUUGAAAAGGAGAAAAUC